AUGGAUUCCGGAAAAGUUGAUGAUAGCUAUGAAGAAUUUAUCUAUUGGACUAGGAAACACACUGAUGAUAUAUAUAACGCUUGGAUUGCUGGAGCUUUAAAUUCUGCUGUUAUAGUAGUUGGAGAGAACUUACUAGAAAAUUUGAUGAAUGAUAGAUGGUUAAAAUUUAAAAGUCACGAUUAUUAA